UGGUUUGUUGACGUUAAUUGUACAUUUAUCGACUACUAAAUUCUGCCAAGAUGGCGGAUUGGAUACAACUUGUAUCCUUUCUGCUAAUGUUUAUGGUGUAUGUUGGAGAUUGUAGUCUUGACUUUGUGCGAGAAUGUUCCUUGAAAGGCUUCACCAACAACCUUAUGUGUUCAACAUGCCUGAAGAUGGACGACUUCAACUUGGGUGCCAUCAAGCUCGACUGUUUAGAGUGUUGCCAGAAAGAUAAGGAGGAGGAAGCUGGGAUUACUAAAUACCCCUUUGCUGAGUUAGCUGUGUGCGGAUGAAAAUUGGGUCGAUUCCCACAAGUCCAGGCAUUCGUGAAGAGUGACCGUGUCAAGCAGUUCCCCGGUCUGACGGUGCGCUAUGUGCGUGGCGCCGAUCCGGUGAUCAAGCUGCUGGACAAGAACCACGAGGUCGUUGAGACACUGGGAAUCGACAAAUGGAACACCGACUCUGUCGAGGAGUUCUUCCAAGAGCACCUCCAGAACUAGGUCGCCCGACAGCACAUGCACACUCAUGUGCGACCAGGAGAACAAAAGGAAAAUGAAGAUGGUUUUGUCUUUUUUUACAUAUCCGCGUACAAAGACACAUUUGAAACUUUUUAAAGGAAUUAUUAUUUUCUUGAUGGGUUUUUAGUUGGCCUUUUUUUUUUAGGUUAUUGUUUUUUGGUAUUAAAUGAAAACAAGCGUGAAAUUCAAAAUUUUUAGAUAAAAGUCUGGAUAGUGUGGAACAUGUUGAAACUAAUUUUUUCAUUUUCCUUUUGCGUGCCCUGACUGCAGUGGACUGGUUUUUUAAUGAGACACUUGUUGAAGUACUUGGAUUUUUUGUAAUGUUUUCAGUGUAAUUUCCUAAUGUUAUUUUUAGUUCGUAUUGUUUUCUUCAUUCAGUCACUUAGAUUGUUUUCCCAUUUUGUUGAAAUUCAGUGAAAUUCUCUUUUUUCAUUUCAUUAUACUUUGUGGAGGAGAGUAAGAUUAAUGUCUUCAUUUACGACUUGUCGACUGCAGUCAGAGGGAAGAGCUUCAAGAUUCUGUACCGAUGACGUUCGGGCAAUAAACCUGUUGGUGUGUCUGAACUGAUAGUUUUCUACAGGUCUUGAGAGUUACACACAACUCCUGACGUGACUGAGUCUACUCUGACUUGAGUGCUUGGCUGUAUGCAUGUGAAAGCUACAGAGACUUCAUGUGAAAGUGAUGUUUGUUAGUCUUGUCCCCCUCUCAAUGGAAGACUUUUAAGAGAAAAAGAACACUUCACAGUAACUUCCUUGGCAGUCUUGUUUAUUCAGUUUUGUCUUCUCUCCCUAGAAGGACAAGAAAUGUGGCUGCCAUCAGGUGCUUACAGCAGUAAUUUUCUUAAUUCCUGUCUCUGAUGAUUUCAAAGUUGUCAUUAGCAUCUGGGUGAACCGAGGAAGACAGGGUAUCGUUCCCUUUAGGGGGUACACAGUCCUUUCCAUCCCUUCCAGAAUUCCAGCCAAUGAUCUUUGUGUGAGUUCGACACCUUAAAUGCUAGACAUUAAAUUGUAAGAUCUGCUUUGUACGUUGGAUGCUAUCAUAUUUGUGUAGCCCACCAUGUGACAUAGAGGGGUAUCACAUGGGCAAGACAUUGCAGGGAACAGCUAGAUAGUGUUUCUUAUGAUUUAUGGUCUUUGAGGUCGUCAAGUGAUGAUUGUUUUAUGAGAGUGAGUGUGUUUCCUGUUGUAUAUCUUUAUGGUGGUGUAGAUGAAUGUACAAGUGUCUUCUGACAUACUUAAUGAGCUUCCAUUUUCCUACUUGGAUCACUUGAUCACGAUUAAAAAACGUUGGUGUUUGAUUUGUUAAGUUUUUAUACUUGAGGAACGUUUUUUUUUUUUAAUGAGAGCAAGAAAACCUCCCAGUAUGUUAUAGAGUACAGGUCAGAGUUUGCCAGGGCAUUAUAUUAUUCAUAUCUUGUCUGUGCUUUCAGACCCCCAUUCUCAGACUCUCUCAUUUUGGAAAACGCUGUACAUACUCGAAUUGCACUUUGGUAUAAUGUAUUUUCUCAAAUCCACCUUGUAUGAGUAUGAGUCAAGAAAGUUCAGAUUUAUAUAGAUACAUAUUUUUUGAGUGCAUAAUCAGGAAUAUGUACUGCUGGGAAGUGUGAAAGUGUUCUUGAACUUGAACUUUAUUUGAAUAUUUGCGUUGGAUGCCAAAAUUUAAAUAAUAUUAGUGACUGGUUGGUUGUUUUUCGGAAUAAAAGUGGAAUUGUUUUAACA